UUAACGUGUCGGAUGGUAGAUAAGCGUUGUCCAUGGUGGUCUGAUUCACCAACGUCAAAUCUACGUGUCACUCCAAAUCCAACAUUGUAAAUUGUAAUAAGAAGAAGAUGAGAAGCUUCUAUAAGACAUGCCUAGGAAAAAUGUUACUUUGAUUUAUUGCUAUAAAUAGAAGGCAUGCAUAGCCGCCAAUGGCACUAAGCUACAUCAUCAUCACCUUUCAAUUUCAUUAACCUUUGAGAUUACAAUGGCCAAUAACAAUAAUCCUCUGCAACUCAAGUCAUUGAAUCACAUCUCCUUGCUGUGUGGAUCAGUGGACAAAUCUAUUGAUUUCUACGUCAAUAUUCUUGGCUUCUGCCCCAUUAAGAGGCCUACUUCCUUUGACUUCAACGGUGCAUGGUUAUUCAAUUAUGGCAUUGGCAUACACCUUCUCCAAUCAGAAGAUCCAGAGGGCAUGCCUAAGAUUCUUCAGAUUAAUCCCAAGGACAACCACAUUUCUUUCCAAUGUGAAAGCAUAGCAGCAGUGGAGAGAAGAUUGAAGCAAAUGAAGAUGAAGUACGUGAAGAACAUAGUAGAGGAAAAUGGGAUCUAUGUUGAUCAGCUAUUCUUCCAUGACCCAGAUGGAUGGAUGAUUGAGAUCUGCAACUGUGACAAACUCCCUGUGGUGCCAUUGUGCUCUUCUCGCUCUCCUUUCAAUUGCAAUAUCCCAAACCACCAUCUUCAGCAACAAAUUCUCACAAUGGACCAACAGUGACAAACUUAUAUUAAUGUACAUACAAAAGUGAUCAUUUGUAAAUUAUGAAUGUCAAAGUAAAACUUCUCUCUCUUUCUUU